ACGAAUCGAGCAGUGGCAAGGCGAACAUACCAAAAUGGCGGACUGAGUUGCUGUGGCUUUCGAUCUUUUUACCUUUUAUAGAUUUAAAUAUAGCAUCAAAUACCUCAGUCUGUCUUUUUUAAAGCCCACGAAACGGAAGUUGAGUUUGGAGCGAUGGAGUGUUGCAUGAAGUGAAGAUUGACGACGUGAUAGAAGAUGGACGACUACUGCUAUGCUAAGAUGGCGACGUCCGCUAAAAGAGAACAUGAAAGAGAAUCAACUUCCAGCAAAUCACCAACGGAGAUAAAGACGAAAGAUGAAGACGUCAGGCAGCUGAUCGGUAAUCCAGAAGAAGUUUCCCCUCAGUUAGGGGGGAGCUCCACUUUGAAGCAGGAGACUCCACAACCACCCUGCAUUAAAAAGGAAGAGGAGGAACUCUGCAUCACUCAGGAGGGAGAGUGUCUUCUAGGACCACAGGAAGCCGAUCUCACCAAGUUGUCACUGACUGUUGUCUCUGUGAAGACUGAAGAUGAUGAAGAGAAACCACAACCAGACACCCUCUUAGCUCCACUAUCAGAUAGUGAGGCUGAAGACGAGGUUGAAGAAAAUUUGAGCAGUGAUAAAGACUGUGAAGGUGAAAUGAGGACUCACAUUGACAACAAACACUCUGAAUGCUCUACAAAGAAGAAAGACGUCCAGCAGCUGAUUGGUCAUCCAGAAGAACGUCCCCCUCAGUUGGCAGGAGGGAUCUCCACUUUGAAGCCAGAGACUCCACAACCACCCCACAUUAAAGAGGAAGAGGAGGAACUCUGGAUCAUUCAGGAGGGAGAGUGUCUUCUAGGACCACAGGAAGCUGAUUACACCAAGUUUCCACUGACUGUUGUCUCUGUGAAGACUGAAGAUGAUGAAGAUAAAUCACAAUUAGAAAACCUCUUGGAUCCACUAUCAGAUAGUGAGGCUGAAAAUGAGGUUGAAGAUACUUUGAGCAGCGAAGCAGACUGUGAAGUUGAUAUGUUGUCUCACACUGACAACAAACACUCUGAAGGCUGUAGCAAGAAGAGAGGUAAAACAACUUUCAGCUGCUUAGUUUGUGCUAAAAGCUUUGCAAAAAAGAGCAAUUUGACUCAACACAUGAAAACACACACAGGAGAACAAACAUUUAACUGUUCGGUGAACAAAAAACACUCUGGAAACUCUAAAAUGAGUAAAAAAUGUUUGCGCUGUUCAGUUUGUGCUAAAAGCUUUUCUCAUAAGGGCAAUUUGAUUUGUCACAUGAGAACGCACACUGGGGAAAAACCAUACAAAUGUUCAGUUUGCGGUAGAAGCUUUUCUCAAAACAGCAGUUUGACGAAACACAUGACAACACACACUGGAGAAAAAAUAUUUACUUGUUCAGUUUGCAGAAAAAGCUUUUCUCUAAAGAGCAGUUUGACUAAACACGUAAGAACACACACCGGAGAAAAACCAUUCACUUGUUCAGUUUGUGGUAAAAGCUUUACUCAAAAGAGUAGUUUGACCGGCCACAUGAGAACACACACAGGAGAAAAAACAUUUAAUUGUUCAGUUUGUGGUAAAGGUUUUUCUCAAAAGAAUCAUAUGGUUCCACACAUGAGAACACACACAGGAGAAAAAACCUUUAAUUGCUCAGAUUGUGGAAAAAGCUUUUCUCUAAAGAGCAGUUUGACCAAACACAUGAGAACUCAUACAGGGGAAAAACCAUUCCGUUGCUCAGUUUGCGCGAAAAGCUUUGCUACAAUGUGGCAGUUGACUCAACACAUGAUAACACACAAUGAUCAAAAAGCAUUUAGUUGCUCAGUUUGUGCUAAGAGCUUUUCACGAAACAGCUAUUUGACCCAACACAUGAGAACACACACAGGAGAGAAUCAAUUUAAUUGUUCGGAUUGUGGUAAAUGCUUUUUUUCCAGACAAGGUUUGGCUCAACAUAACAUGAAACACACUGGAGAAAAACCAUUUAGUUGUUCAGUUUGCGAUCAAAGAUUCCGUUAUAAUACUGUCGCAUUAAGACACUUAAAAACACACAAGGGUAAAUAACGAAUUGGCAGCCGCAGUUUGAGGCAUGUUGCUCAUCCAUCCAAACCCAGGACCUGCUCAUAAAUUAAGUAAAACAUCUGAGACGUUCGUUCAAAUUGGUAUUAUCUGGAGUAUAAUCUCAUCUCCUCAUGACCCCAUGUCCUCUGCGCACCUGAAAUUUUCUUGACUAGUAAGAUAGAUGAUGCUUGUAGUGCUUGGUUACUCUUUCUCUAGACCAGAUAGACCUGAUGACAUUUGUGAGGUUUUUCCUGGCAUGUAGACUUUCAGAUGAGAUGGAACCAUUGAUUGUGUAGCUUUUCAACCCAUGGUCACAAAUUCCAACUUGUAUCCUUUGUUGUGUUUCGCCAUCUGAAGUACAGACAUACAGUAUUGUAGGCCUUGUUCACACGGCAGAUCAGUUCCGAUUUUUUUAGCCCAUAUGUGACCUGUAUCUGAUUGAUUCUUUUCAUGUCAAUGUGAACAGUGACAUUACACAUUGUUCUUAUCUGACCCCGGCCUCUUUCAUAUGUGGAUAGAAAUCGGAUGUGUAUCAACUGUAACUGCGGUGUGAACGCUCCGGUUGCAUUCACCCGACAAAAUACUGGGUUGCAUUUUUUCGUGGCAGUGUCGGAGGGCAAAUACGCUUCAGUCUGGCCACGAAUCAAGUGGAAAAAGUGUUAGUAAGUGAAGAGAGAGAAUAUAGGACCCACUUUCUGUCAAACUGUCAAUCAAAGUCAUGUCAUAUAAGUUUAAUACA